AACAACAAGCGCACGAUAAAAUCUGCGCUAAUAUAAACAAGUCACUUGCGCUCCGUGCAAUUUAGUUUAGUUCCGUAGCCAGGAUGUUCCACACGUACGAUUCACAGGCCAAGCUGUGGCUGUCCCGCCACCCUCCGGCUCCGUUCAAAGCCAAGACGGGCCUGGGUCAGCUGAUUUUGGACGUCCUCGGAAAGAUCUCACCGUCCAAAGUGAUCCAGCUGGACACGGACACCGGCGUGCUGCUGACCGCGGAAGAACUCCGUCUGCGGAUCGUUCGUGUAGCGCAGAACUUGUCCGGGCUGGGAUUCCGGCGUGGGGACAUGGCGGCCGUGGCCUGCUCCAACAGCGAGAACCUGGCCCCGUUGGCGCUGGGACUCAUGGUGGCGGGAGUGCCGUUUAUCGCCCUGCCCACGGUCGGCUUCAACGGCGAUGAUCUGGGCCACUUGAUGGGACUGGUGCAGCCCAAGCUGGUUAUCUGCGACGAUGCGGUGUACAAACAGGUGCUCGACGGGGCUGGCAAGGCUUUGAAGAUGAAGCCCGUUAUCUUUGCCGUCGAGAGCGAGCGGGAGAACGUCCGCAAGGUCGAAGAACUGCUGCAGGGCACGGGUACCGAGGGCGAUUUUACUCCGCAGACCCAUGGAGACAUGCAGAACUCGGUCGGUAUGAUCCUUUGUACUUCGGGGACUACCGGACGACCCAAGGGAGUCUGCGUUUCGCAGGCCUCGAUCGCGAUCGUCCUGAGUCGUCCGGUCAAACCAGCUCCCGAAGGCGACCUAAACCUAACCUACAGUCCACUGUACUGGGGCACGGGACUCUUCGCCUUGCUCAACUCCGUCAGUACGGGCAUAACCCGGGCCAUCUCCCGGAAUCCCUUCAGCGAGGAUCACUUCUUCGACGCGUUGGCCAAAUACCAUCCAACGCACUUUUUCACCCCACCUUCCCACGCAGUUCUCCUGCUGAACCAUCCAAGAUCCGCUAACGCGGACUUCAGCAGUCUGCGAAGCUGGAGUCUCAGCGGAAGUAUCGUGUCGGCCAAGUUGCGGCAAUCGCUAGAGGCGCGACUCCCGAACGGACGGACCGUAAACAAUUACGCCUCUUCGGAGCUGGGACUGAUCGCGAUGGACAUGAUCAAGCAGAAGCCGGAAGCGGUCGGACAGUUGAUGCCCCAUCUGGACGCGAAGGUCGUCGAUGAGCUGGGAGCGGCGGUGGGUUGUGGCGAGCAGGGUGAGCUGUUGAUCCGUACGGGUUCGAUCCCGUUUAUGGGAUAUUACAACGAUGAGCAGGCUACGCGGGAGUUGAUUGACGCCGACGGCUGGAUCCGUACUGGGGACAUUGGAUAUCUGGACGAGGACGGGUUCGUGUACUUGGUGGACCGCAAGAAGGACGUGGUCAAGUACCGUGGGUACCAGAUGUCUCCGGUGGAUCUGGAGAAGGUCAUCGAGGGGAUCGAAGGGGUCAAACAGGUCUGCGUGGUUGGGGUUCCGGAAAUGGACGGAACGUCCGAUUUGCCUGCGGCAGUGGUCGUGAAGGCGGAGGGAAGCAACAUCACGGAAGAGGAGCUGAUUGGUGCGUAUGAAGGGCAAGUUUCCGACCAUAAACGGCUACGAGGUGGGGUCUUCUUUUGGGAAGAACUCCCGCUGACCGCUACCGGAAAAGUGAUCCGAAGAAAGGUUCGAGAUAUGCUGAUUGAAGCUGUUAAUAAAUAAUUUAAAGAUUGAAUAAAA